AUGUUUAACCUCGUUCCCAAAGAGGUGCUAAACGAGGACGCGAUCAGUGCAGCCGAGCUUGUAGGGAACACCGAUGAAGUCAACGAGGGAUCCGAUAGCUUUGUAACAAGCACGGAGCUGUUGGAACUGAUCACCUCUGAGUCCGCCGUCACCACAGACAGGCAUCAGACUCAAACAUUGGAGCCACUUGAACUCACUACUGUGCAGGACAAUAACGCUACACUACAAGUGCUUAACGUACCUGCCGUAAAUGCAGACGACACACAUCCAUUACCAGUUGAGGUGUUGGUUGCUGAUCCGUUCAGCUUUGAUGAAACCGCCAGGGCCGAACACAAUGUCGACGUCUCGGCGGUGGCUCCUGUAGUUCCAGUGGUUCAUAAAAAUAAUGCGUCGUUUUCAUCGGUCAUAGAAUCGGACGAUGAUUUCUUCCCAUCUACGGUGGUAGCGGAGGAAAUGACAACGACAGCAGCAACUGUGAACGUGCCGGUUUUCCCACCAGCACUUGAGCGACGAGUGCUGAAGGAGAAGGAGGAGGCAGCUGUACCUGUUAUCUCCUCGACAACCAAUGCUCACUUUGAAGCAGAAACUAUGGAGAAUUUCCCAUCAUCCACAGAGUUCCACUUAACAGACGCUUCGAUUGAGCCUACAGAAGUCGUCGUGAAUCCGAUGGCAGAGAGUGACAACUUCAAAGACGCCACUUUGAACCCUGAGGUGUCUUUGUCGAGUGAUAGCACAACUGAUUUGUCUGAAACCAAAACGCCUGAUGUUUUCGCACAUGCUAGCACAACCACCGAGGAACAACAAGGCGAGGACGAUUCUGUAUUCACGGAGGCAAAUCCUGCCACCAUCAGUUCCACGGCCACAACCGAAACUACUGUACUUGAUGAAGACGAACCACCAUUCGAUCAGGAGAAACUAUCUGGACUAUUUGAGCAAGAUGGUUCCUUCAUCCCUGAUCAUCUUAUAAAUCAGCCACCAUCCGCUCCCAUGUUUCCUCGAGUGGAAUUGCCAGAGGAAAGCACGGAGAUCAUCAACGACCAACAGCAAAAGAAGAUGAGCACCACAACUGGAUUGCCGAUGAUUUCCGUGUCUUCUGAUGAUCAUGAAGAUUCCGUAGCGAUGACUGAUUUUGAAACGAUGUCUACGAAGUAUAAACUGCAACAGAUCAUUAUACACGCAAGUUCUCCGAAGCCUUUCGUCAAUGAAGUGUCUCAAACAGCUGGAACUCUAAGUCCAAUUUUUGAGGAGCCACGUUUUCCGAUUGAGUCAGGUGUCGGAUCCACAUUAAGCCAAGGCGAUGCAUUUACUAGCGCGGUGGCUUCGAACUCACCUCAACUCAAAAGCGAGCACUCAAUAGAAUUCAAUACGUGGCCUACGCUUAUCCCUACCGCAGAGAUGACCUUCGCUGUUACGAACCCUGAAUCAGAUCCAGCUACACCGGAUCCAGAAGCAAUACUUGAAUCAUCUCGACAACCCAUUGAGUCGGAAGUGCGACAUAGGCCAGAGACACAACCACAGCUUGAGCCACAACCACAACCCAUACUCGAACUUUCACAGAAACCGGAACCAACAGCCAGGCCGCAUUUUAAGUUAGAACUGGAACCACAACCUUCUCUCGAACCCGCUGUCCCAAAAUUGGAGCCAGAAUCACAACCGCAGCUUGAACCACAAGCCGUAGCUGAUCCGUCACCUAUUCCAAAGCCCGAGCCGACCUUGCAAGUUCGUCCAUCUCAACCCGUAUCCGAACCUCAACCAGAAUCAGAGUGGUCCUCAGGAGAUCUCAGAAAUGCCUUGCUAUCCAUGAGAAUAACAUCUGUGGAAUUCGUUGAAGAGUUUAACGAUAAAUCAAGUGGGCAAUAUAGAAAACUUAGUGAUCAAAUCAUUCCACACAUCUCAUCCAUAUUGAAAACGAUUCUCGGUGAUAAUUUUGUCGCAUUUGAUAUCACAUCCAUCACCAAAGGUUCCGUGAUCAUAGAAGGUGUCAUUAUGACUCGGGACGAUAUUCACGAUGCUGAACAGCUGGCAACCAAGAUCGAUACAAGUAUUUCGUCGAACGGCUUCAUGGUUGGUCCGAAUGAGGUCGACCCAAGGAGCAUUGCCAUAAAUGGAAUUCCUUCACGAGGGUACAUCGAGCGUGUUCACUCAUCAUAUCCCCAGAGUACGACGUCCUCGGCCCUUCUGAUUGGUUCGAUGAUCGCCGUCGGCGUGCUCAUCGUUCUUGUCGUCGCUUUCGUCGCAAUCGCAAUGAAUAACCGACGAACGAAUGGCACAAUGAAGCUAAAAGAUGGCACCAUAACACGAAUCGAGAGUGGCAAGGCCGCGUACUCGAAUCCACAGGCUGUUUCUGUAAAUUUGUGA